CGCCAUUAGUGCUCUAAUCUUGCAUCAUAUUUAUAAGCGGAUAUCUGAUUACUUGAACUUUUCUGCUUAAGAAAAAUGUGGAUUCUAUACAUGGUUCUUUGCUAAGUUCUGGUUUGAUCAGAGAAACUGAAAAAAGUAAAUUUUUUAAUGAAGCAGGAGGUUCGGUCAAUCCAACUAGAAUUUUUCCUAUAAACCUGUAGUGUGCCCCCAAAAUGUGGAUGCAGAAAGUACAGGGCAUUUUCACCUAAUAUGGAUGAGUUCUCUGUUAUUACUGCAAAGUGAUGUCCUCUAAUGCCAUUACAUGUAUAGAGAGCUGCAACUUUAGAGGCAACAUGAUCUUGCUAGUUAAAUUUGAUUGAAUGCUUGGGAUUAGCAUACAAUACUUUUCCUUUCAUAAAAGAUGUUGCUCCUCAACUUCUUGAAACCUUGUCACAGCUGAUGAAUUGAUAGUUUUUUUUUAAAAAAAAUUAGGGUGUAAUAUAAAUCACCAAGAAGGCGCUUGAUGGGAAAUGCAUAUGAAGUUAUUUAUUUAUUUAUUUAUUUUUAUACAGGGAAGGGGGUUUAACAUGGGAGCCAAAAGUCCUUAGCUGUAUCUAUUCAGUAUUUUAACUUAUAGCAAGGUCAAAAUAGGAACACAGAUUUGGGGCGAGGAUUUCCCUAUUUUGCUAUGAUUUAGAAACAACAAGGUGCGCAUUGGAGAACUGCAAUUCAGGUUAUGCUGGAUCUCAACAAAUGAUAUCCAGUAGAUAUCUGUCUCCGACAUGGUUCUUCAACGCAAGUUGUGAUUCUCAAAAAUUACUUUCAGGAACCCGCAGUCUCACUUCUCAGGCUGGCACUGAGAGUAGUGGACAAGAUGAUGAUGACUUGGAGAAUGGGUUUUCCAAGUUUGGAACUUCAACUACUUCUGAUCUCUUUAAUGAAAGCCAUGCAGUUCAUGAAAAUGAGGAUGAUUUAAUCUGUGAAUCAGAACUCUCUGAAGAGGAUGCUGGUAAUAUCAGGGAGGCCAAACCUCAAAAUGAGCUGGAGGUAUCUGGUGUUGAGACUGAUGAUGGAAAGAGAGCUCUGCAGUAAACAACUUUCUUCCGUAUUGUGCAAGGCCAUUUUGGCUGCUCCAGCUUUAUCUGUUCAUAAGCUUGUAGACCACUGGAUUGAAGAAGGAAACGAAGUAACUCGAUCAGUAAUAGCAUCAACCAUGUUCCAUCUGCAGAAGAGACGGAUGUUUGAAAGCGCUUUAGAGUUCUCAGAAUGGUUGGAGUUGGAAGGCCACGAGUUUGGUGAGAGAGAUUAUGCUUCUCGUGUUGAUUUGAUUGCCAAAGUGCAUGGUCUUCAGAAGACAGAAAGUUAUAUUGCAAACAUCCCAAAAUCCUUCCAAGGUGAAGUUGUUUAUCGUACACUAUUAGCCAAUUGUGUUCCUGUAGCAAAUGUGAAGAAAGCUGAGGAGGUUUUCAAUAAGAUGGAAGGAUCUGGGAUUCCCAAUUACAAACAUUGCUUGUAAUCAGUUGCUUUUUUUU